CGCGAUGUCAAGUCUGCACACAAAUGUGAUUACCAGGCCCGAAGAAGAGGAGCUACCUCAGCCUCAGAGACCACCAACCCCACCAGUCUAUACAACGUUCGCCGCUAGGGGGCUCCACGCUCAAAACUUCCCCGCACAUAAGCCUCGAGAUCUCCGAAUCCCAUCACCACAGGCAAUCACCCAUGUAGCAUGGAGUUGCGAUGGGAAGCGUCUAGCUGCCGUGGGCAUAGACAAGAUCACUAGAUUGUGGACGCCAGAAACAAGCAUGGAGUUCAGAUCAGCGACGAACUUCUCGGGUGGUCACUCGGACGAAGUUGAUUACGUAUCGUGGAAUCCCACUCAUUCCGACCUGUUCUGUACCUCCGGUCAAAAAGACAAACGAGUAAUCUUUUGGGACGCAAGGCAAAGUCGGUAUAUCCAACAGGCCCAGCUAAAGGUUUCCCCUCUGCAAACAAACUAUUCCCCUGAUGGGAAGGUUCUGUUAUGCACCACUGUCGGAUAUCCGCUGGUUUUCUUUACAUUCGGGAAGGAAAAUGACGCCUCGAAGGAGACAUGGCAAAUAUCGGAUAAAGAUGGCAGUAUGGUCGCUUCAACCGCCACAUUCAAUCAUGCCGGGGAUGGCAUCAUACUGACCCAUCAUUCGGAGCAUAGUCUCCGUAUCGUUGACUAUCCAUCCCUCACUUUGCGAGAAAAUCCAGCCGCUCAUGUCGGGGGCUGCCUUGCUGUUGCCCUUGAUCCUCGUGGAAGGUAUCUCGCUUCCGGUGGAUACGACUCCAUCGUGAAUUUCUUUGAUCUGAACGAGUGGAUAUGUGCACGCACAAUCGCUUCGUGCGAGAACACUAUCAACGCUUUGAGCUUUUCGUAUGAUGGGGAGUACCUGGCAAUUGCUAGCACAGCAUCAUACAUAGACAUCAUUGCAACGGAAACAGGAAUGCCCCUCCAUCGUGUUCCGGCACUCGCACCAUCCCCUACGGUAACUUGGCACCCCUCAAAAUAUGUCUUCGCGUACUGCGGACAAACUAAGGCUAGAGAAGGAUCUCCGCCUCCUACUGCGGUGAUAAGUCUAUUUGGAGGCGGAAUUUAGGUAUAUGUGUGUGCAUCUGGUAUUCAAGCAAUAGCUUCGGCUCUAGGGUGUUUCUAGAGACUGAUGCAAAGGUUGAAUUCAUUGCCCUUUGAGUUGUCGAUUACGAUUUGUAUCGGCAUAGCACUAAUGCAAGUUGAUCUCGAU